AUGGGUUCUCAAUCUCAGGAGCCAACACCGUUCGGUCAUGAAAUGCUAAAGCAUUUCUCCUUUGCGCCAGGUUAUCGAAAUCUCAAUCAUGGCUCUUAUGGAACAUCCCCUCGCAUAAUCCGCGACAAGGCAAAUGAGUUACGGGACGAAUGCGAAAUGACUCCUUGUCCUUUUAUCAAAUACCGAUUCCUAGACCUUCUAGAUGAGUCGCGGGCUGCCCUCGGCAAAUUUCUUGGUGUCCCCGAAUCUACUGUGGUUCUUGUUCCGAAUGCUACAACAGGAGUGAAUACUGUGCUGCACAACCUUCGAUGGAAUGAUGAUGGAAAAGAUGAAAUUAUUCAACUGGACAUCAUCUAUGGAGCGUGUGGAAAGACGGCUAGCUAUAUCUGCGAAGCAAACCAACAUAGAGUUCGCACCCGGCAAGUCAAUUUUACCCAUCCAGUUGAGAACUCUGAGAUGGUUUCAAUCUUCCAGCGAGCUAUUCAAACUUCAAAAGCCGAGGGCUAUCGCCCGCGAGUCGCCAUUUUCGACACCAUCUCCUCAAAUCCUGGAAUACGACUACCAUUUGAGGAUUUCGCUUCAGUGUGUCGCUCAGAAGGAGUCCUCAGCUUGGUGGACGCGGCGCAUGGUAUUGGACAAAUCGAGCUCAAUAUUCCGUCCUGGGAUCCCGACUUUUUGGUCUCAAAUUGCCACAAAUGGUUAUACACGCCUCGUGGAUGCGCUGUAUUCUAUGUGCCGGAGCGCAACCAGGGAAUGAUCACAACUACCCUACCGACAAGUCAUGGGUACAUUGAAAAACCAAGUUCUGAUGAAUUCAACACGAAGCCCAAAAAUUCAAAUGCAAAGAAAUCCUCAUUUGUGACCAACUUUGAAUUUGUGGGGACUACAGAUAUGCUUGCCUAUUUGACCAUUCCUCAGGCCAUAGAAUGGCGUCAGCAAGUCUGCGGAGGAGAGCGAAAAAUCCAGGAUUAUUCCAUUUCACUUGCCAAGAGAGGAGGCCAAAGAGUGGCCGACAUCUUGGGCACUCGUAUUUUGGACAAUGCCACCCACGACCUCAGCAACUGCUUCAUGGUCAACGUUCUUCUUCCUAUUAAUCGACCAACAAGUGGGGCUGGAAGUGUGGUUCGGGGCAAAGACAACAUCGAAAGGCCCCUCAAUGAUUGGAUCCAGCGAACUUUGAUCGAAGACUGGAAGACUUAUAUGCCUGUUUUCCCCUUCCAAGAUGGCUGGUGGGUCCGACUAAGUGGUCAAAUUUAUCUUGAUGACAGUGACUUUGAGUGGGCUGGGCAGACUUUAAAGGCAGUUUUAGAGCAACUAGAACAACAAACUUUUGUUUGA